UAAAAAGUACGAAUUAAUUUAGUAAUUCAACCAAAAAUAGUAUUAAUAGAAUAAAUUAUUCUAUUCAUCUAAUCUUGUAAAUAAUUUUUUGAUAAAACCAUUAUAUACACAUUUACAUAUAAUUUAUAUACAUUUAGAUUGAAUAUCAUAUCGAAGUUAGCAAUUGUUUUUUUAAUUUUAAAAAUAGUCUUGUGCCUAUUAGUUAAAGAAAUGACAGUUGUUUUUUCUCAACAGAAGUUUAAAAAAUUGACAUAAAUACAAAAUGUACGAUUAUGGUGUGUCAUUAUCUACAAGAUUUCCUCAAAAAUUAUGGAAAAUUGUAAACGAAUGUAAAACUGGUGCCAUUCAAUGGAGUUUGAAUGGAGCAACAAUAUUGUUAGAUUAUAAAAAAUUCCAUGCUGAAUAUUUAACACCACCAUAUUCGGUUUUCAAAACUAAUAACAUUACAAGUUUUAUACGUCAAUUAAAUCUUUAUGGAUUUCGUAAAGUAACAUCACACAAUCGUGAUCCAUUGUGCAAUUUACGUAACCCAGAUAUUCAUGAAUUUAUUCAUAGUAAUUUUCAUCGUGAUCGAAUGGAUUUGUUGAGCAAAGUUUACCGUAAAUCUAGUGGAAAAAAACGGUAUGAAAAAAUUAAUGAAAAACUUUUAUCAAGAAAUAAAAUAAUCAAUAAUUAUGAAAGUAUGCAUGGCAUGUCACGAUUGCAAAUAUGUCAGUUGGCAUUGAAACAAGCUCUUAAGCAAGCAGUAGAAGAAUAUCGUCAAAAAAAAAAUUUGAAAAAUUAAUUCAUUUCGGAUGAAUGAAGAUAAAUUUUAAAUAAUAUCAUUGUUUCUAUAAUUAUUUGAGUCUAUUUAUCACAAAGAGUACAAAUAACUAUGUAUGUUAUACUAACGCAUGUACCAAUGCGUUAAUAAAUUUAUGUUAUAUUCCGUCAUGAUGAUUUAACUCAGUAGCUAGUAAUAUUAAAAUUAAUUAUUUUAAUAAUAUUAAUCAAGAACUAAAGCUGAAAUAAAUAUUAACAUUUUUGUAAAUAAUUGGCUUUAUUCUUUUUUAUUUGUGUCACUCAUUUAAUUAAAUAAAAAUUUUUCAUUAUGAAUAAACAAAUAUUAGUUAUUAUUUUGUAAAAGUACUCAAACAAUGCAGUUUUAUUAUAUGGCAGUGAUUGAUGUUAAUUACUUAAAA